AUGAAUGACCUCGGUAAUAGGCACGAUGAUAAGCGCGUGUUCAGAAGAGGCACGGUUGAUAAUGUAUCGGUUUUGUCUUGGGAAUCGACAGCGAUUAUGAUUCGGUUGGAAUCUUGUAUUGUUAAUCGUUCUAUGACUAUUACAGGAAAGGAAUCUAACGGCGCCAUCGCUAUGGGUGAAUCGAAGACUAUUAGCUUUACGAAUAUUAUGGGUCAGGGUCGAGUAAAUCAGCUAGGUGGCGUUUUCAUUAACGGACGUCCGUUGCCUCAGCAUGUUCGUGUGAAAAUUAUCGAAAUGGCAAGCAACGGAAUAAAGCCCUGUCACAUCAGUCGACAACUGCGUGUUUCACAUGGCGCAGUUUCGAAAAUUUUGAAUCGUUACGCUGAAACGGGAUCUAUUUCGCCAGGACAGAUUGGUGGCUAUCCACGCUCUCGUCUCGCCAUUCAAGCUGUCGAAAAGCAUAUUUUAGCUCUGAAAGCCGAACAGCCGAAUCUAUGUGCCAGUGAACUACGGGCUAGGCUCAUUGAGCAAGAGAUAUGUUCACGUGAGAAUGCGCCUACGGUUUCGUCGAUUAACAGGCAUAUCCGCACAAAGCAUCUGCAGAGUCCUCCGUCAAAAAGCUCUGAGAGGAGGUCCAAACUGAGUCACAGCAUCGAGAAUAUCCUUGGAAUUUCAUACGGUAAGCCAGCCUUCAAUUCUUCAGCUCUUCAACUAAAAUAUUCAACGUUCUUUAUUAUCUAUGACAGUGCUUGUCUCCUUUAUCGUAAUUGUCUAUCGGAAACAUUUGGUUGUUGUAAUAUGGAAGCGGUAGAUGAGAGUAAAUUGGAAACGCCGGAAGCGAGCUCAUCGGAUGACGACGAUUCCUCAGUGGUACACGUUGACGAUGGAACGGAUUCAGUGAGCAAAAAAGCAAGACGCAAUCGUACGAGCUUCACGGCUGAACAGUUGGAUGCACUUGAGAAUGCAUUCAGAGCAAACACUUAUCCGGAUCAGGAGGAACGAGAACGUAUUGCGCAUACAACGAAGUUGAGCGAGGAGAAAAUUAUGACCUGGUUCAGCAAUCGACGUGCUCGUUGUCGUAAGAAUCUGGCGAUAGCACCAACCAAUACGUUCAUAUUACCUCCUCUCGCACAAGUUCCUACCACACAGAUGGAUUUGUAUAAGUUGCCUAGUAACUUCACCUCUUCGUUACAGACGCCGUUGAUGACAAUGUUUCCGCAGCCAAUGGCGUUCUUUCAACCGCUCACAAUAAGCCCACAGGCCAUGAAGCUUCAAGAACAACAUUCGCCGAUAAUGGAGAGUCGAACCUUAUCGACGGUUAGACAGGAUAAGGACAUUUGCCUUGGGAAUAAUUGCCCUCCGGACGGCCUGUCCUGGAUAACAUGCCUACAUGGUAUUUGUCUUCGUACAGAGAGGCCGAGGUUAAGAGCACACUGUGCUAAUCAUUUUCAGGGUAAAAUAAACCAACUGGGUGGAUUGUUCAUAAACGGACGGCCACUACCACAACAUAUUCGAAUGAAAAUCAUUGAAAUGGCGAAUCAAGGAAUAAAGCCUUGCCACAUCAGCCGUCAACUUCGGGUAUCUCAUGGUUGUGUUUCAAAAAUUCUCUACCGUUACGCUGAAACAGGGUCCGUUUCACCUGGUCAGGUAGAUAUAUAUUUAGAUCUCAUAAUACUUGAUCCAUUUUCAAGAAUGCUACGUUGUCGUAAGAUUAAACUGGCUGUAGAAGAGCGCAUUAAACGUCUCCAUCACGAACAUCCUUCAAUGCACGCCAGCCAGAUUCGUGAGCAUCUGAUAGAGCAACGAAUCUGCGCACCAAUCAACGCACCCACACUAACGGCCAUACAGAAGUUAAUAAGGGGUGCUAAAUCAAAACUGUUGAGCUGUCGAGCCAAUCACGGCAUGUCUUCCUUGAAACAUAGCAUCGAAGAAAUUCUCAGUUACGGAAACGAACAUCGAAUGAGAGAGGAAAAUCCGUCCAACGAUAGCGCCAAUGCUCGAAUUCGCCGAAAUCGCACAAGUUUCUCGCAUGAACAACUUGAACUCCUGGAAGCGGCAUUCAACGAUAACACAUACCCAGAUCAGAAAAUCCGACAACGAAUCGCUGAAGCCACAAAGCUCGAUGAAGGCAAAAUACAGGUAAUGGCGUAG